CAGGAGACGUUGACUAUCGCUUGGACAUUCACUCAUCUCGUUUUGUCUCCAUAGUGUUCUUGCGCGUGCAAGCCAAUUUCACCUACCAGAGCAUCAACUACUUUACAAAGAUACAGAUAUGGCCGGAACAGUAUCGUUCGGAUUGUUUGCCUUAGCAUUGACUGUGACAGGCUGCUUGGCUGCUAUCGGCGAGGUAAAGAACAACAGUCCCGUCACACAGAAACCGGGUCGUUUCCUCAGUCUACCGGUCCCCCAGAAAUGUAGCCAAAGACCGAAGGAGUUCACGUACAAAGGACGCAAUUACUUCUACAGCGGACACACGCAGCAGUAUAAAACGUCCAAAGUCGAUUGGUUGGAAGCGAGAAACAUCUGCCGGGAGUACUGCAUGGACCUUGUGUCGAUCGAGACCCAAGAGGAAAACAACCUCAUCUUCCGACUGAUCCAACAAAAUGACGCGCCGUACAUAUGGACCAGCGGCAGGCUGUGCGACUUUAAGGGAUGUGAGAACCGCUCUGACCUAGAACCGAAGAACGUGAAUGGCUGGUUCUGGUCGGCCACCCGCGGAAAAAUACCGGCCACCAACCAGACGCCGGCCGGUUGGACGUACAGCCCGUGGAGCAAGAGCGGCCACAAGAAGACGCCGCAGCCGGACAAUGCGGAGUUCGACAUCAACGGCACCGUGGAGUCGUGCUUGAGCGUGUUGAACAACGUGUACGGCGACGGCAUCGCGUGGCACGACAUCGGUUGCUACCAUGAGAAGCCGUUCGUGUGCGAAGACAGCGACGAGCUGCUCAACUACGUGGCCGCCACCAAUCCGGGGCUUCAGCUCUAAGACGCGACUAGCCAACAUUACCUAUUCGACUACUCUCCUCCCCAAUCUAGCACUUAAACACCCCAUAUCGCCCAACUCGGUAUUCGCGUUCACCUCCAUCACCGGGACGUUACACGGCCGGGUCAUACUUUUCGUAAACUUCUAGACCCAACUUACGCAAAUGCCUUUCAAUAAAUUUAUCAACAUUUUUUUUCGUAAUAAUUAAAUUUCUACGAAAGUAGGUAUUUUAUAGAACCGUAUAUGUUCUCCAUAUUUUCUAUACAUAAACUGGGGGGCGAAUCGCAUAUAUUUUCUUGAUCCACCCCAUUUUAAUCAUAUUUAUCGUUCAUGUCAUCAUCAUUUUAUAUACGUGUAUAUUUAAUAAGCUAUAUACUAUUAU